CAGUCUGAAAGCAGAGAGAGACCCAGCCCAGGGAGGACAGAGCAAAGGACAGCAGCCUCCAGGCUCAACCCCAGAUCUUGGACCCCCAGUCUCCGGGCUCCCCAAAGCAACGCCAGAGCCCCCACAUUGAGCCCCUCAGGUGUGGAGUGGGGAAUGUCCACCGCCCACGAGCCCCCAGGCUGAAGGCAAGGGACGGGGCUGCUCAGAAAGUAACUGGGGCUGAGGGGGCCCAGCCUGGCCAGGAAAUGGGGCUGCUGCUGCUGCUGCUGCUGCUCCAAGACUGGGGCUUGGCUGCCAGCUCCGAGCUGGCCUUCGUGCAGGAGCCGGGGGACGUUGUGGCCGUGCGGGAGCACCCGCUGGUUCUGCCCUGCCAGGUGGAGGGGGAGCCGCCCGUGUCCAUCUCCUGGCAGCGGGAUGGGCUGGCGCUAACCAAUGACAGCGGGGCCACCCUGAUGCCCGAUGGCUCCCUGCAUCUGGCUGCCCUGCCCUCCCGCCGGAGCCUCCCGUUCCACACCCACGAGUACCACUGCGUGGCCCAGAACCGCUAUGGGCGGCUGGUGAGCCGACGGGCCCGGGUCCAGCUGGCAAGUCUUUCCCGCUUCCACCAGCAUCCGGAGUCUGUUGAGGUGGAGCCAGGUGGAGUCGCUCGCUUCCAGUGCCUGAUCCGGGGGGUGCCUGAGCCCUCCAUUUCCUGGGAGCACAACGGCACGGCCCUGAAUACUGCCAACCACCGGGUCACUCUGCUGCCUGGUGGCAUUCUCCACAUCACCAGCGUGAGCCAGGCCGACGUGGGCACCUACCGCUGUGUGGCUUGCAAUGUGGCCAACACACGCCACAGCCAGGACGCCCAGCUGACCCUGAGUGUGGGAUCCCCACGGCUGCUGCAGGAACCUGAGAUCCUGUCUGGGCCCCAGAACCUGACGCUCACGGUUCACCAGACCGCGGUGCUGGAGUGCAUAGCCACGGGCCACCCGCGGCCGCUGGUCUCCUGGAGCCGCCUCGAUGGCCGCUCCAUCGGCGUGGAGGGCAUCCAGGUCCUGGGCACGGGGAACCUUAUGAUCUCUGACGUGUCGGUGCAGCACUCGGGCGUGUAUGUCUGCGCCGCCAACCGGCCCGGGACCCGUGUGCGGCGCACGGCCCAGGGCAUCCUGCUCGUGCAAGCUCCCCCGGAGUUUGUCCAGUGGCCGCAGUCCCUGUCCAAGCCUCCCGGCAGCAGUGCCAUCUUCACCUGCGUGGCCCAGGGUGUCCCUGAGCCCCGUCUGGUCUGGUUGAAGAACGGGAAGGUGCUGAGUCCUGGGGAGAACAUUCGGCUGACUCACAACAACAGCACCCUGAUGCUGGCGGGGGUCUCAGCUGAGGACGAGGCCAUCUACCAGUGCGUGGCAGAGAACAGCGCCGGUUCCAACCAGGCCAGUGCCCGCCUGGCGGUGAGAGGGGAUCCAGAGCCACCCCCCGCCCCCAGAGGCCUGCGUGCCAUGGCUCUCUCCACCUCUGCCAUUCACGUGUCCUGGGAACCACCCCCCUCCAACAGGGACAUCGUGGGCUACGUGCUGCACCUCCGGCCUGCGGGAGAGCCAGGCGGCCCAGAGCUCCAAGAGGCGGUGGACAAAGGCACCUUUGAGCAUGUCUUCUCUGACCUGGAGCCUGCCACAGCCUACACCAUCCACUUGCGGGCCUACUCAGCAGAGGGUGCCAGCCGGGACUCUGCAUCCAUCCAUGCCUCCACCAUGGGCAGCACCCCUGCCGCCCUAGGCUUCUCCACCAAAGUGCUCAACGCUACCUCUGUGCAGGCGUCCUGGGAGCUGCCACCCCAGCUGGGGCCCAUCCAGGGCUUCAAACUCUUUCACCGCAAGCUGCCCGCUGCCCAUUUUGAAGGACCCCUGCUCCUGGCUAGCAGUGUCAGCUCCUUCCUCUACACAGACCUGGAGCCAGCCGCCCUCUAUGAGAUCAAGCUCCAGGCAUUCAAUGGCAAUGGGGAUGGUAGCAGCAGUGCCCGCUUCGUCUCUUUGCGUGAUGUGCCCCUGGUCACCCCUGAGUCCAAGGCUGGAUGCCCUUGCAGCCAGGAUGAGAGGAGCCCACUGCCUGGGGUGGUGGUGGGCAUCCACGUGGGCCUGGCUGCCCUCAUCGUUUGCCUCCUCUGUCUCCUCCUGGGCUGGAGACAUAGCUUCCUCUGCAGACAGGGGGCUCAAGUGUGCUGGGCAGCGCCUCAGACUGACUCAGACAGAGCUGCAGGCCGCCAAGGCCAGGCUCCCAGUGGAAGGAAGCCAGGGGAGAAGAUUGAACUGAUCACUCAGGUGACCCUGGAACAGCCGCCCUCAGCCUAGGGCCCUGCAAGUCAGCUCCCUCCCAGAGGCCAUUAUGUCUGCUCCCACCAAAGAAUCUACCUCACCUGCCCCUGUCAUCCUAGUCAGGAAGAACCAAAGUUCCCUCAGCCCCUCUCUGGGGAGGGGCAGAUCUGACCACAGGGCAAGAGAAGAGGGUGGGGUUUCUCUGUUUCUCCCUCCUCAAGAAAUGGAGCAAUCUGUGUGCUCCCCAACACACCAAAUAACUUCAAACUAAACCAGGCUCAGCUAGAUGCCCCAACCCCAUUACUCUUGUCUCUUAGCCCUACCCAGUAUGUCCUUUUGAUCCAAAUAUGAACUUACCCAAAGAUAUAGAGCUUUAAGCGUUCCCCACAAAGCAGGGAGGCAGGGCGAAGGCCUUUGACAUCACCUCCAUCUCACAACCACUCUGGAAUCUUUCUGCUUUCAUGUCCAAGCUGAGGUCUGACCCAGGGAAAAUCGGAAUUUCUUGUGGUCUGAGUGCGCAGGUGGGAACAGAGAUGCUGAGUUCCUUGCCCAGGGCCAUAGAGGUCCUGAACAUCUCAGCUCAUAGAAGCUGCUCCUCUGAGCAACCAAAUACCCAUCUUCCCCUUUCUGGAUCCAAAGCUUUGCCCCCCCCCACCCCCCACCAUUCAGGGGGCACAACUCCCUAUUUGAUUUCUAUUUUUGACAGGACAUUAUUAGUUUGAGUUGGGGUUUUUGUGGUCUUGAAUCCCUCUUAGAAUGAGCACAGAGGUUGUGGGGCACCCCACCCAUGUUUCCCUCAAUUCUAGGUAUCCAAAGAAUGCCUCUGUCCCAAUCCUCCCCUGCCGGCCUCUGGCAUCCAGGGUCGCCCAAGUCCCUCCUCACCUACCUCUACCAUAUCCUAAAGCCAAAGCCCCAGUCUCUCCCUCAAUCAAUCUCUCCCUCCAGGGCUGUCCAGCUUGGUGCCAAAAAAGGAGCGGGGUCUUGGCUAGCCUAAAACCCAGGGCUUAGGGGACCCCAGACACUGUCCCUUCUGUCCUCUUGUAGAAUGAUGCUAGUACCAAUGACUCCAACAAGGCUGGGCCCUGACCCCUCUACAAUUGCUCCUUCCGCAGAAGGGGCAUGGGCAGCUUUAAUGAAAUGCAGCAGGAGAUCAUGGGGUUAAGGGCAGCCCCCAACUCCAUAUCCUUGAGGAAAUGACAUCCUCGCUUUGUUGGAAAUAAAAAACCAAAAUGGAAAAAAAAUUAAUUAGGAUCUGCUUAAUGUUGAAAGGAAAACUUGGGGGAAUAGGGUGAUGAGGUGUUAAGGUACAGCAGCUGUAGCUCCAGUUCUUUACAUGAUGUGGAGUUUGGACUAAGGAACUGUAUUCUGCAGUUUGCAAAGAAAAAAAGCAGCGUGCACUGCUGUUAGAAGGCUCCCGCCGGGAGAAACCAGCACAUUUCCAAGAACUCAGUCUCUGCAGACUAGGACAAGGUAAUGGGGAGGGUCCAAGACAGCUAGGGUCCCCUCUGCCUGGGACAGAAUGGAGCCCGCCUCUGGGUUCCCCCGCCUCCUUCCUUGCUCAUCUACACUAACUAAAGUGGAGUCAGUGGCUUCAGGACACAGACACUGGCUCCACAUAAAGGUGGCGGGGAAUGAGAACACACAAGUAGGUAAGGGCUUUUAAUUAUCACAAAAGCAGAAGGCACAGACGGAAGGCACCCUGUGGGUGGAGAGCACAAGUCACAGCUCAUCUCCCAAUUACCCCUAAAAUUCCCCCACCAAACUGCCUCCCCACACCCCCCAUGACUAAAGCACAAACCACAGGCAAGUUUAGAAACCAUUCCUUUCUUUAUUAAACAUAGCUUGCAAGUGAUA